GUCGCAGCUCAGGACCCACGAGGCAGUCGGCACAGGGAACUCGUGCGAGGGUGGCGUGCACGGCAGUGGAUGCCGCGGACGUUGUUGUUGGAUGGGGCUGCCAAGCGUGAGAGCCGAUGAUGGCAGAUUGUUUUUCGGUCAAGACGUUGUUUAUGUGGCUUUUGAGAUUGAGAUUGAGGGGCGUGUCCCAGCAAGCGUGGCAACCUUGGCCUUGAAGGGCGGGGUAGUCCUGAAGCGAGUGGUAGCCGCUGACCGGUCAGAUGACGACGCGCAACUCGCUGCUGGCGGUGUUUCUCUUUGGGGUCGUGGUGCUGUUGCUGAUGCAGUUUUGGCUUGAACCACGCCCAGUGUCUCCUUCUCGCGAUCGUCUCUUCGAGCCCAGGAUGCGUGCCCGGGCGAGCAUUUGGCGCCGCUGCACGCAAGAAGAGGUGUCCCUUCCCUUUGCUCGCAAGCUCAAGUUUGCCUACGUUGAUAUUUGCAUGCCGCCGGGGGCCAAUAGCACCGCUUUCGGGUCGUGGCAUGUCUUCAAGGCCGGUGGUAGCACGGCGAGCCAGAUGAUCACCCGGGCCUGCGACUGCAUCAACGGUACCAUCGUGGAGAACUUUCGAUAUCGGAAUCAGGGAGAGAUGGAAGAAAGACUUGGGCACCAUCCCAUGGAGUUUUUUGCCGCGAUUCGAGAUCCCGUGGCGCGAUUUUUAUCGGCGUAUGGUGAAGCCUUUCGCAGAGGCUCAUUGACCAAGUAUGACGAUGUGACGGCAUUGCUGGCCGAGCAGAGUGUCAAGCCGGACAAGUUUACUCUGUUGGAGAAGAUUCUAGACCUGUUCUCAACGGCCGAGCAACUCGCGGCUGUGAACGAUCACUUUCUUCCAACCGUUGAGUUUCUGUCAUAUGCACAGCCACGGCAGCCACCGCCUCCUUCGUUGCGCUUUGCGCUCGACUUGACCAAGCCCAAUGCCACCCUGAAGCUGUGGGACUUUCUCUCGGCGCGGUAUGACCUGAAUCGUUCGGGCACGUGUGCGACGCCAAGUCCGGCCGAGUUGCACGACCGGCACCGCGACGAGAGCUAUUUGACGGCAUGUCAUCCCAGUGAUCGCGGCGCGUGCAUUGCUGAAGAGUUUCACAAGUUUGCGCCACUCUUUAUCAUCCGGGCCGAUGAGCUACCGGAGCGGCUCGUCGGGCGCAUUCGGACCAUCUACGCCAAGGAUGAGAGCUGUUACCAAGAAAGCGAGCUGAUGGCGCUUCACAUGCCGCAUUUCGCUCGAAUCUGGUCGGUUGGACCUGAGGCGCUUGCGAGGAUAUGCCUGGGGCUGCGCAUCAUCACCAUCAUCAUCAUCAUCAUCAUCAUCGUCAUCAUCAUCAUCAUCAUCAUCAUUAUUACCAUCCAUGUAUUUGUAUGCCGGGGCAGUGUUGACGUCAAUGCCAUGGCGGCUGCCCUCUCGGCACAGCAGCAAGUGCGUCAGGAUCCGCUCGUCGCAGCCGCUGCUGCAGCGGCUGCACAUGUGGGCAACGGGUUGUCUGUUGCUUCUGAUGAAGCUGCUUCCACGGCGGCGGCGGUGGAUACCUCGACCUCCAUCGUCCCCGCUACCGUUUGCGAGCACAUCGCCCCUGCGACCGACGCCAGUCAUGCGGGUGCCAUGAACAUGACGUCGUCCACACAUCCCUCAGGCAUGGCCCCUGUACUCAAGGAUCAACCUUCCCAGGAUGGGGCUGCAAUGGCCAUGGAUACAACCAUGGAUGCCUCAGACGGUGCCAUCCACGACACCACCACAACGACGACCACCACCACCACCAAUUCGGGUUCUCCGGCCGAUAACCACACCAAUCCGCAGAUUGCUGCUGGCUUCGAUGGUCACCCACCUGCCGUGACCGCCGCCGAUGGCCCUGUCCACACAACCGCCAUGGAUGUAGACGGCGCCAGCCAACAAACGGGCGAUUCUGCUCCUUUGAAUCCCGCGCCCACAGAGCUCAUUCAGAGCUCUCCCGCUGCCGUCAAAGCAGAACCGACCGCCGUUUCCCCAGCUCGUGCCCCACCCGCUUUGGAUAACACCACACCGGCCCCAAUCAAGACCGAGACCGAAGAUGUCGCUGGCGGUGGCACCAGCCAUCAAGACAACGUGGCCGAGUCAGCGCCUUUUGUCAUCGAGACCCCACCCCCCGUCACCCUCGAUCUCUCCCCAGAACAAGUGGAAGAACGUUGUCGACUACACAAACAAUUCCUCGAUCUGGCUGGCUCCACAACUGAGGCAAACUGCUUUCCCGGCGUUAACGUCUGGGCGCUCAUGCAGACCUAUCGCCCCUGGCCCAGCCAUGUCUGUUCUUGUAUUUCCCCCUUUCUCUCACGCCGGCCCUCUGCACACCAUCUCUUUCGACUCUCACCACCACACCAACACAUUUGCUCCUGCCGUUUGUUCGUCGCACCCUUUGCUCAGAUGAAGCGCCGCCGCAAAAGCAACAAAAAGUCUACGGCCGAUAAUGCUGUCGUUCUUUUUUACGGACCCGAGGACGAAGAGCCUACAGCGUCAAUUGUCACCCUUGUCCUGUACGUCACUUGCUUGACCAACACAUGCGCCGCUUCAUUUCGCGUCCUCACCAACCCAUUGGCCUUGGUCCUCUUCUUGGUACAGUUUUGCUGCCUCUCCUUUACCGACCGCAAUCGCGUUCGCGAACACGUCCACAGCAAGCAUGGUACAUCCAACAACCCUGCCCUGCCGGUGCACCACCAGAUCACACACACACACACACACACUGCUAGACUUGACCGCCGCCCCUUUACCUCACAACCUGUUCCAAACUGUUGGAUCUUGCGCUUCUUGCCAGCGGGCCAUUCAGCAGAUGAGACCGAUCUGGAUCUUGCUUACCUGCGGUUUCGACAUCAUGCCCGCCUCACCUUGGAUGAGGCCGUGCGCGGCCAUUUCAUCUCCCCGCUGAGCCAAGACAUGGGCCUUGCCCCGUUUGCCCCGCAACAGGCUGAGCGCCUUCGCAUUCUUCUUGACCGUCGCCGCAUCACCCUCUCCCCUGAAGCAACACAGCGCCUUCACGACGUCUUUGACGAGGAAAUUCGUCAACGCGAUCAAAAUACCGACCAGCACGUGGGCCGACGCAUGCUCCGCUCAGAUCUGGCCAAAGCCUCUCCUACCAUGACCGACACCCCCGCCAACACGCUGCAUAAACAGAAGAGCAAGAACAAGUGGAUGACGCCCGUGGCCCGCCGCAAGGUCGUUGUGGACAGCCAAGGGGAUGUCCGAGAAGAAAACAGCGUCUAUUCGCUCGCUGAGAUUAGGGUUGGCGCCAAUUACCAGGUGCCAGACACCUCCUACCCCAAGACCGAUCCGCAACAGAUUCCGCCCCUCAACGAUGAAGCCCAGCUGGUUUUUAGCCCACUGGAGGCCAGCGUCGAGAACAGUGAAUCUGUGCAGUACUUUUUAAAGUUUGCCAACACUUUGGGCUUUCGCUCUGCCCGUGCGUACGACGUGGAGUAUGCCCAUCACCUUUUGCAUGCAGCACAAGCCAACAAGGGCAAGAAAAAGUCCACCAGCAUGUUGUCUCUCAUGGAAGAGCUGCUUGAUGACAAAACCCAUCGCAAGCGGCCCAUUCUUCGUGACUAUCACUAUCAGCAGCCGGAUGACUGGACCAAAGCUGACCGGGACAUGUUCAUCAAGGCAUACCGUGAAUACGGCAAGCAGUUUCGUUUGAUUGCUGCACUCUUGCCCAGCAAGACGUAUACAGAUGUGAUUGAGUACUUUUUCAACUUUUUCAAGCGCACACCCGAGUACCGUACCAUCAAGCAGGAGCUGCGAGAGCGCGAACUGGAGGAGGAUCGGCGCGCGCAGCAAGAUGGUUUGGCCAGCUACCAUACCUUUGUGAUGACUAUCGCGCUACCUCAACGCUCGAUUGGCUGUCCUGGAACAAGACGCCUGGUACGUUUUCAACUGUUUGAGCGCUUCUGCAUGUUUUUUUCUUUUCGCCUGUUCGUGCCUGGGUGUGGCGGCGCAUCAGAGUCACACACGGGAAUCGCUUUAGCUCAAUUAAAGGCAAUGAGAGCCAAUCCGCCGUUUUUUGGAUCCGCCAGCAAGGGUGGGGCCAAGAAUACCGUUGGAAUCGGCAGCAGCAACAGCAGCAGCAGUCGAUCGCGCAAGCGUCCUUCGUCCUCUGGCGGCGGCGACAAGAACGCCAAGCGAAGUGCCAACGACAAGGGGGAGAAACGCAGCGUUUAUGCUUGUGACGACUGCCCUGCUGUGUUUGACUCGGCACCCAAGCUCAACGGCCAUCGUCGUAUUCAUCGUCGCAUUCCCUCACCCAAUUCGGCGGCGGCCAAAUCCAAGAGCAAAUCCAAAAACAAGAGCGGCAGCAAGAGCAAGAGCAAAAGCGGAUCCGGCACUCAAAGCACCGCAGCCGCCACAAACAAUGCUGGUAAGAGCAAGAGCAAGAGCAAAAGCAGCGGUGGCGGCGGCGGCGGCGGCAGCAGCGGCAACAACAGCAAAAGUACCACCGGGGGCAACAAGAGCAAGAGCAGCCGGAGCAGUGCCAGCAAGAACAAGAGCACAGCAGCAACCGAGUCAGCUGACACGGCCUUGGAUAAAGUCUCAACGACAAUGGACGUUGCUGCAGCCACCGCAGCAAGUGGGGCGUCACAGGAACCUGAAACCACCCUGCCAACCGAGCUUCAAGAGGCCGUGGCCACAGCACGGCAGGAGCAGCAAACGAUUCCCGUGGCCGAUACUCCACGGGUGGCGUCGCCCGAGCUGGGAAAGCCGCGGCCUUCCGAAUCCAUGUUUUUGGCCAGCGCCCCGUCAUCGAGCACCCAUCCAGCAAUGCAAGAUGUAUCAGCGCCAGCAACUGGCUCGCCAUUGAUCGCGGCAGCGCCCACGGCCAGCGAAGAGGCGACGGCAACCCAACCAAUGGCGUGA